AUGAUCACUCUGCUGUCGAAAUAUCUCGGCCGCGGCUUGGCGGGUCCGGCCGAGGACAAGAACCCCGUCAGGGCCUUGCCAGGAUCUUGGUACACUUCUCAAGCCAUGUACGAUCUUGAGAGGAGAGCCAUAUUCUCCAAGAAGUGGCUCCUCACGACACACAAGGCUAGGCUGCCCAACACCGGAGACUGGCUGCAGUACGAGGUAGCCGAUUUCAAGUUCAUCAUUACCAAGGAUCGUACUGGCACUAUCAACGCGUUCCACAACGUCUGCAGACAUCGGGCCUUCCCAGUUGUCACGGAGGAGCAGGGCAACAAUUCCAUUUUUGCCUGCAAAUACCACAACUGGACCUACGCUCUCAACGGCAAGCUCACCAAAGCUCCUCAGUAUCAGGAGCUAGAGGGUUUCGACAAGUCUAAGAACGGGCUCUUCCCAAUCCACGUCCACAUUGACACAAACGGCUUCAUCUGGGUCAAUAUGGAUAGUGCCGAGAAGCCAACGCCUUGGGAUAAGGACUUCGAUGGCAUUGAUCAACAAGCCCGGUUCAAGGCGUAUAACUGGGACGAGUACGUGUUUGAUCACACAUGGGAGAUGGAAGGAGAGUACAACUGGAAGCUCUUGGCCGAUAACUACAACGAAUGCUACCAUUGCCCUACAACACAUCCCGACAUCCCCGCCAUUGCAGACUUGGAGGCAUAUGCUGUCAAGACAGAGAAGGGCUACGUCCAACACCUUGGCAACCCCACCCCGGAACAAAUUGCCAAAGGCUUCAAUGUCGCUGCUACCUAUUACUUCCCUAACGCCUCCAUGAACGUCUCACCACACUUCUUCUUCAUGCAACGCUUUGUACCCAAGGGGCCUAAUAGGUCCGCUAUGAAGUAUGAGGUCUACAGGAACAAGAACUCCAGCGACGAGGAUUUCAAUGCGAUCAACGAUAUCUACAAACGCAUCAUGUCAGAGGACAAAUACCUGUGCCUCAACGCACAAAAGAACAUUAACAGAGGCGUGUUUGUCAACGGCGAACUUCAUCCGAGAAUGGAGCAGGGCCCAUUAUACUUCCAGAAGUCAGUGCGCGAGGCUGUCGUUACGCACCACAAGCUAGAAGCGAAGGCGAAGCGCGAGAUAUGGCCGGCUAGGCAGAAUCUGCCAGGUUCCGCUACCGUGAGCAAGGACGACAUUGGAUUCUGCUCAACUGUGGAUUGUUCAAAGUUAAAAUCCCUGGAAUGGUAG